AUGGAUACUUGGAUGAAAACUGGUGGCGAAUUCGAGCACGAAGCGUUUUUAACUUUUUGGCUGUCAAGGUAUGUCAUGCCUGCUAAAGCUGGUGGUGUUAUUAACAAGAAUGUUUUCCAAAUCGCGAUACUUUUAGCACGAGGGACUAGAAUCUCACUAGCUCUGGCAGUUCUUGCUAGUAUUUAUAAAGAUUUGAGGUUGUUGAAGGAAAUGAUUGUAAGUUUGAGAGAAUUAGGUGGUGAAGAUGAUGGUAGUGUAAGCGAACUUAGUCUUUCAUCACCGUUGCAGUUUUUGCAGGUUUGGGUUUGGGAAAGGUUUACUACAUUGAGUCCCAAACCUAAUCCUAUGACUGAUGGGUUACCUAGAAUAAAGGCUAGUUGGGUGUCAGUUGCUUCUGAGGUUUGUAUUGAUUUGGAGUGUUAUGCUAGAAUUGUAAGGAAUAGUAAGUUGGUUGGAUUGUGUUGUGUUGAGCAAUACCUCCCUCAUCGAGUUUCUAUGCAGUUUGGGUUCGAUCAAGACAUCCCUAAUGAUUUACCUGUCACCCGAAAGAUUGCUUGGGACGAUUACAAUAGGCCUAUUGGCAAUGUCAAGCUCUACAUUCCUUCGAGGCUCUUUGAGUCAUAUGUUACAACGCGAUACUUGAAGUGGUGGAAUGAUGCUAAUUGUCUGAGAAAGAAGAAGAAAACAGAUGCAUCACUCACUACUAACCUAUGUGAAGGUUCCUCAAUGCCUCCUGGUUUUAGUCCAAAAGGAAAAAGGGUGGGUGAUUGUUCCAAGAGGUCUCGAGGAACUCUCUAUCGUCCUGAGAUUGUUAUCGAGAGCAGUGAAUCCGAUGGCUCUCCUGAUUCUUCUUCCAAAAAAUCUUCUGCAGGGGAUAAUGUUGUUAUUCAACAGAUAAAAUCGGCAAACAAAUACACAGGAAACGUUUCUCCAAGGAAACAAGUCAUUACUGAAGGUGGAAAUGAAAGUAAGGCAAGAAUAAGAUCUUCUGUCAGAAGGCCAAUUAGCAUACACAAGAAUGAAACUCAAACAACUUUUAAUGCCACUCCUGAGUUUGCAUGUAUGGAUAUUUUAGAUCGAAUUGCUGGUCUAUAG